AUGUCUAUUCAAGUUAAAUUUCAAACUAAAUUAGACAAAUAUUCAGUUCCUGAUACAACAUUAGUUAUUCCAUCAUCAUCAACUAAUUCUCAAUUAGAAGCUAUUUUAAAAGGAUUAUUAAAAUCCACAGUAUCUUCAACUGAAUUAUCUCGUAUUUCAUUUGAUUUUUUAUGUAUUAAUAAAUUAAUUCGUUCAUCAUUAGAAGAACAUAUACGAGAAAAAGAUGAAUCAUUACUUGAAUCAAUUAUUUCAAUUGAAUAUAUUGAAAAAUUUCAAGGACCACAACCCGAAGAUGCAUUAAUGCAUGAUGAUUGGGUAUCAGCUUGUCGAUCAUUAGGUGAUUCAAUAUUAGUUGCUUCUUAUGAUACUAAUCUUCAUUUAUGGAAUAAUCAAGGAGAACAUAUUAUUAGUCUUCCAGGACAUACUGCUCCUGUUAAAUCAAUUUCUUUUAUUUAUUCAGGUUUUUUUUUUUUUUUAAAUUUUUUCAUUAAAUUAUUUAAAUUAAAAUAA